AUGGAAAACCUACGGGCUGCGAUGACUAAUAGUUUUCAAUUAUAUGAAACAUAUUUACCAGAAUGGAGUGGAUGUAAGUUAUAUUUCUUAUUUCUUCAAUCUUUUUAUUUUUUACAGUAGUCCGACCAUUAGAAGCAAAAAUAAAUACAAUUGAACACAUUCUUGAUGAGUGCGAACAGCUAAAAAUUGAAAUCGAUGGUAUCCAUUAUGAAGGAGAAAAAGAGAAUAUUUCUUCACAGAAAUCUGAAAAUGUUCCGAUAGAUAAAGAAAAUAAAAAACAGGAAAAUGAAGCAAUCGAAGAAGAUGAUGAAGAAAAAGAAGAGAAAAUUAAACGAAUGUGUGCACCAUUGACUUUACAGGAAUUUAAUACAAUUCCAAAAUAUAUGCUUGGUCGAUUUACAUUAGAAUCAAUGAAUGAGGUAAAUAACUUCAUUUUCAUAUUUAAAAAACAAAAGUUUUUUUUUUCAAUUAGAUAAUUCUGACAAUCGAUGCAUUUUUGUUGAAAAAACAUCAACUAAUCACGAAACCACUGAAGACAUUGACAAGACAGGAAAAAGAACAAGUUGACAGUUGGAGAGAAUUGGUAAAAAAUGUUUGACACUAUAAUUUUUAAUUGUCAAUUUUGCAGGAAAUGAAAGCCAAAAAAUUAUCAACUGGUCUAUUUUUUGUGGAUACUGAUAUUCGACCAAUGCUUACCGAAAAACUUCGACCCAGUUUCGCUAAAGCAAUUCCAUCUCUUCGACAUACUAAAAGAAUUCGAGAGCAACGUUGUGGACCAAUCACUUUUUAUUAUACAUAA